UCAAGCAGACAGGUAGGUCUGUUGACUCUCGUCGUUAAGUUUGACGUGGAGCUUGUUGAGGGGAUCGGUCAGGUCGGCAAUUUGGAGGCCUGGAGGGGUAGGAUUGGAACUUGACCUAGCGUGCGAAUGUACGGACAGGGACAUGGAGGUAACAUUGCAGGAACCCAGUAGGGAUAUUCGUGUAAGUCGGAGAGGUCCAUGUCCGGCAGGUUAGCAACAGGCAUAAUGAUGGCAGCAGGCCGUACCUCGGGUCGUUUGGAGUCCCGAUUCGUUGGUUUUGGGUACACUUAAAGCCUGCAAUGCUCCUGCCAAAAGGAGAAGGCAGGUAGGCCCAGUUAUAGUUAGGAGCUGCUUUUUCUUUGUCUUUUCCGCGUAGGCAUAGCGAGAGGUGAGUGUAGUCGGCUUCUGGACUUCGAGAUAUAUGAGGAGAAACUGCCAAGUACAUUCCAGUGAUUUGCCCAGUGGCAAGGCUGCUGCUCCGCCAUGAAAAAGAACUGGCGGAGCAUGAGGAAGCUGGAGAAGGGGCUAGAGGUUGAAGAAGAAGGCGGCCAUGGUGAUGGUGAUGGGCGUAUUAGUGAGGAAGGAGAGGUAGUUGGCUAUGGGGGAGUAGAAGGGGAGCCCACGUUGGUCCAUGGACGGGAGCAGCACGCGUUGGCGGGCUACAUUCUGAAUUGUGGAAUGUUUGCAAAGUUUCUCAUGACGAGGUGGACGCGGGAUGAUGAUGAUGAUGACGAUGAUGAUGAUUAUGAUGAUGGUGAUUAUGAUGAUGAUGAUCAGGAUGAUGAUGAUUAUGAUGAUGGUGAUGAUGAUGAUGCUGAUUAUGAUGACGAUUAUGAUGAUGAGGAGGAGGAGGAGGAGGAGAAAGCGGACGUAGAAUGAUGAUGAUGAUGACGAUGAUGCCGAGUGUCUGGAGCAAGAACAGAGCUCGCCUCUCCCCAACCCACGCCGUCUGAUUGUCAAGCCUUUCUCUCUCACACCCACAACCCACCCACGCACACACAUACACACACGUGUGCUGGUUUUUUUUUUUUUUUUUUUUCCCGGCGCUCCUGUGAAGACCAACCAAAGUGGCCAUGCAUUAGGCUCCUCUGUUUUUGUUUUUUUUUUUCUUCUGAGCCUUAGCUUCGAAGUGCUUGAGUUCAAUGUGGUAGACUUUUCGUUCAAGACCUGACCCCAGUUCCAAGGAACCGGAUUCGUGUUUUUUAUUUUAAUCGGUCUACCCGUGCUUUUCUCCCUGCAUCGCUGUUCUGACGAGAAGUGUGUCAGAUGUGGCGGCCUAUGCGGAAGAAGAGAAUGAAUUUUUUCGUUUGAG